CUACCCCAAUCCCCCCUAAAGCUCUAAAGUCAAUUACACACAACUCCAUUCCCCUCCUCUCUCUCGUGUAAACCAGCAGCCAAGGAAGAAAUACACACCAGCUUCAUGGUUGAAUGCUAAAGAAGAAGGAGAAGCAAGCAAGAAACAAUCCAAGUAUCCAAAAUCCCAAGUUCAAAAACGCAGCAGCAACUUCAUGGAACUUACGGAGAUAUCAUGGAGAAGAUUCGACGUUGGAAUAUUGAAAUUGAUAAAUUGAUCGUCGGAACUGUUGUUCACCAGAACUUACAUCUUAGGAAUACACAGAAUCAAACGGUUUGCAAUUCCGUGAAGAAACGAUGGAGAUAUGACCAAAAUACGGCAGACUGUCCAAUUGUGAUGGGAAUGACAAAGUUGGUGAAUUUCGACAUUGUUUUCACUCCCGUUCUUUUGCAAGGUUUUGGCCAUUCAUUUCCAGGUAACAAGAAAAUAAUGAUGGAACCACUCCCGGAGAGCAAUGAGUCGGAGGAGAUGCAGGGAUUGCAUGCAAAUAGGCGCACUGCCCUGGAGGACUCGGGGAUCCGAGCGCGGAAGUGCACCCUCACGGCUAAGGAAUUUCGCAAGGCGAAGCGCCUAGCCUCGGUGCCGGGUGUGAUUGUGCGUCGUCCCACCCCUGAGCAGUCAGUCUUUGAUGCUCCUUCGGGUUUCUUCGCUGUCCACCUCAAAUCCCUCGAGUACGGGUUUCGUUUCCCCCUCCAUCAGUUGGUCAUAGAUUUUUUCCAACAUUUUGAUUUUCUCCCUUGCCAAGUCGUGCCCAAAUCCCAUCGUUACUUAGUGGGGUUCCUCGUCCGUUGCCAAGGAACCGGGGUUCGCCCCGAUCUGGCUCGCUUCCUGUUGCUCUUCUGGUUGGCGAAGUCAUCUGGACUGGCCAACUCCGACUCGGGUUCGUACGCCUCUAUCUUCCAGAGGCAGGAGAGGCUUUUCAAGACGAGGAAGGACUCCACCAAGAGUUGGAAGGGGAAGUUCAUCUUCAUUUCUCUCUCCUCGGGCUCCCCUUUUCGUAAAGAACCCCUCAGUUCCUUUCGCCGCCGCUCCGCGUGUGUCACCUCGAACAAGAUGCUCGAGGACGUAGAGACGCUCUGCCAUGGGGGGCCCUUCGAAGUCGGCUCGGUGGUGACGAAUGAGGCGCUAGCGGAACUCGGCUUCGUCUUCCUAUCCCCGGAAGACACCCAGAGGAGCAUCGAAGAAGGCCCCUCAGGUGAAAUCAUGCUCUCUAGCGCCGAGCGGAUGAAGCUCAUGUUCCCGGACGCUCCGAGCGGCAACUCCCAGGCUCCUCCCUCGGGCGGCCGUCCCCCGACUCCCCUCGUGAAGCCGACACCCGAGACGACGCAGAAGAAGAAGAGGAAGGAAACGGCCUCGGCCGCCAACACUUUGCAGGGGUCUGAGUCCCCCAUGAUGAAGGACUUCGGCCAUCCUAAAUACGUCAAGGCGGCCUUCCCUGCUCGGGUCUCCUUCCUAGACCGGGAUUACGACCCAGAGACCUUCCUGCGCAGCUUUACUCCUCCAACCGAUCGUGCCAAGAUAAAAGAUAUCGACUGGGAGACUCUAGCCUCAGAUACUUUCCACGAGCUAGGCUCGGCGAUGAUGCGCAUGGUCGACAUGAGCCAACGGCUGCGCGCCAGUGAGGACGACCGGAGCAGGGCUUAUGUUGAGAUAGCCAACCUCAAUGAGGCGUUGAAGGCGGCCAAGGAGCAAGCUCGCCAGGCUGAGGAGCUGGCUCAGCAACUCGCGGAGGAGGCUGCUCGCAAGGCGCGCCAGGAGGCUCGCAAUCAAGCCGUUGCCGAGUUCCUAGCAUCGGAUGCAUUUCAGGAGGAAGCCUUCACUCGCAUGAAUGAUUUGCUCAAGGCAUGGGGGCAGACUCCUAAGGGGAAGGCAUUCGCUCACUCCGAAGGAACGUCGUGGUACAACCUCGGACUGUUCCGAGCGCAGCAGGUCCUCUCGGAUAGGUUCCUCGCCGGGGAGGACUUCCCCGAGCCAUGCGACAAUCCUGAUGAGCUCGACACUUCCAUCUACUACCCGAAUGGCGGGAACUCAGCCGGCGAGCAGCCGAGUACCGAGUGAUAUGACUUGAAACUUUGUUGUAUUUGAUGUACUGCUCAAGACUUUGUUUUUUUUUGAAUUCGGAUAUGUUAUGACUCGAUGCUUUGUACGGAU